AUGGCACCAAAUUCCUUCUUCGAGGAGGCUAUCAAGGUCACUCCUCAGGGCGAAAACCGAUACAGCGCCUACCUUCGGCCAGAAUGGUGCAUUGGAACCGUCCCCCACGGUGGCUACACAACAGCCGUUAUCUACAACCUGGCCCUAACACAUUUUGCGCACGCCCACCCAAAGCAAUACAAGAGCCCAGCAGCGCCAAUCUCACUGCAACUCUCCUUUCUCCGGCGCACAGCCUCAGGCCCCGCCACCUUUGAAGUGGAAGAUGUCAAGAUCGGAGCCCGCACAAGCACCAUCCACAUCAAGCUGCUCCAACCUUCUGAAAAGAAGCCCGGGACGUUUGAAACCAUGGUAGCUGGCUACAUCACAGUCAGCCCGCCCGACGCGGAGGUAGGCAUUAGCGCCAAAACAGGGUGGAAGCCGCAACCUGCGCCUGCAUCUGGGUCGCGCGCCGAUGGAUCGGUUGAUCUCUCUGCGCUGGGACGAACUGGCUCCGAUGGCGCAUGGCAGAAGAUCGAACCGCCGUUCCCUGAGUUCCGAAAGGCUGGCACGCAUACCGAAUUGUUUGGUCCCAAGAACGGGCACUCGCUGCAGAAGCAGGGUGGAGGUUUGAGUAUUGACCAGUGGGCGCGUUUCCGGCCUGGUGGGGAUGUGAAUGGGCGGUGGUCGAACGCUGCAGUUGCUUACUUGAUUGAUAUGUUCCCAUCGGCCCUGGAUGGGUUUGAUACCAUGUCUGCUGAGGCGGCAGCGAGAGAGAAUGGGGGCUCUGCUGAAGGGCAGAAGGCUAAGAAUUGGUAUCCUACUGUUACGCUGAAUGUGGAUAUGAAGAAGCAUCUGCCAGCUGAAGGGGUCGAAUGGCUUUAUAGCCGUGUUGUCACCAAGGUUGUUAGGGAUGGAAGAACAGACUUGGGGGUUACCGUUCUGGAUCAAGACGGAGAGGUCGUCGCGUUGAGUACGCAGGUUGGAUUGGCGCUUAGUGCUAGUCGGAAUGUUGGAACAAGAAAGUACGGGAAGUUAUAG